CACAUCCGGGGCUCCGCAGCUCCACCUCCCCCGUGAGGGGGGAGUUUCCCGCCCUCCGCCGCCGUGAGGGGAGAGGGGGCGGCCAUGAAGUGCGUGAUCGGGGGGGCGCAGCUCCGAGUGUUUGGAAGAGCAAUCCAUGCCAUAGCACGGAUUAGUGAUGAAUUUUGGUUUGACCCCGUAGAAAAAGGUUCAGUUCUCUCUGUGUUUAGAUGUGUAAAUAUGCUGGAAAGGAAUGUAGAGAAAUGCAGCAUCUCCACCAGCCCUAAAGACCAUCACGUAACCUUCCAGCUCCUCUGCAGGCACGGUGUUGUAAAAACCUAUAACCUGGCAUUUCAAGAGUGUGAUCCCUUGCAGGCUGUUUUUGCAAAGCACAUGUGUCCAAACAUUCUUAAAGUCCACUCCAGGCUGCUGGCUGAUGUGAUGAUUCACUUUCCAACCAGUCAGGAAGAAAUAACCUUAUCAGUUACUCCAAUGAAAGUUUGUUUCAGGAGUUACACGGAGGAAGACACUGACUUUUCAAGGACAAUGCUUACUGAGAUACAGCUCARUCCAGAGGAAUUUGACUACUUUCAAGUUGGAGUAGAUUCUGAAGUAACAUUUUGCCUUAAAGAAUUGAGGGGCCUGCUGGCGUUCUCCGAAGCCACCAGCAUUCCUGUGUCCAUCCACUUCGACAGAUGUGGGAAACCCAUUGCUUUCAGCAUCGAGGACCUGCUGCUGGAGGCCAGCUUUAUCCUGGCUACCUUGUGUGAGGCUGAGAAGGAGGCAGCUUCCCCACAGCCUGCGGGCUGCCCACGGCCCUGUGACAGCUCAAAGACACCUGYGGAUAAAUCUGAACAGACCUCCACRGACAGAGCCAGCAACGSAGGAACAGCUGCUUCCAAAAACCCACAGCAGAAUGGGAACACUCCGAGCACGAACUCAGCAAAAACCCCAAGUGCUUCGGCAAAACAUGAGGUAACAAUAGGCACGGAGAGGGAUGUGCCAGGCAGAGCAGGAGCAGCCACGGCCGAGGCAGAGGGAGGAGAGGCCAUGCAGGCUCCGUAUCAGAAGGUGAGGGACACCCCAGGUUAGCAGUGGGACCCCAAAGCUGCUGUUUGGCUGAGCACCCSCACAUUUACUGGGGCCCAUCUGCACAUGGGGUUUCAAUGGGAUCAGCUUUCACAGCUGCAAAACCCCAYCCCUGCUGGGAACACUGCCAGGGGUCAGGUGGGUUUCACUGGGAAA